AUAUCCAGUGGAAACCUUUUGCAGAAGAGUAAAGGUUACUAUAAUGGCAAAGUGAGACUAAAUCUGGAAUUUAAUGUUCAAAAAGCACAUAUGAAUAUUGCAGGCAGGCAUCCACAUACUUUUGUACAUGUAAUAUAACACACUGUGCUGCGAGACCUCAGGUUUGUAUCCUAAGUUCUUUUUUGGCCUGUGGAUGAUGAUGCAAUGUUGCCACAUUUAUUGUUCUGUUUGUCUGUCUGUCUGUCUACAUUAAUAUUCUAUAUUAUUAUUUCCCAGCACAUCCAGAUGACCAUCCAGGCUUUACAGGAGGAGCUUUGUACCCAGAGAGACUUGAAUGAGCACCUGCAGCAAGAGAACAGUGCAGGCUCAUUAGGUUCACCUCCUGACUGUUUCCCUUACCUGGAGAUCACUGAAGACAACUUCCAUUAUCUCCAAGCUGAGCAUGAGCAGCAAACCAAGGAGCUUUUCCUUCUUAGGAAAACUGUGGAGGAAAUGGAGCAGCGCAUGAAAACGCAGAAGCAGACACUGAGCGCCCGGGAUGAAUCCAUCAAAAAGCUGCUGGAAAUGCUUCAGGAAAACGGUCUUGCCAAGUCUGGGCUGCCUGAUGAAGAGGGACUGAGGUUCUGCCAUGCUGAGGAUGCGCUUGGUCACCUGGGGGACAUGCUAGGGCAGAAAGAGAAGGAAAACAAGCACCUGAAAGAGAGCACAUCACAUCCUUUCUGUUUUGACCCUGAUGUUAUUUGGCAGGACACUAAAAUUUCCACACUGGAGCGGAACAUCCGUGAACUGGAAGAUGAGAUCCAGAUGCUGAAGACCAACAGUCUCCUGAACACGGACAACAGAGAUGAGAUGCUCAAGCAAACUGACAUUUACAAGAACCACUCCAAAUUCAUGAAGAGCAAGAUUGAUCAGCUGAAGCAGGACUUAUCAAAAAAAGAGUCAGAGAUAUUGGCCCUGCAGACUCAACUGGAUACUUUGACCAAUCAGAAUUCAGACUGUAAGCAGCACAUUGAGGUCCUGAAGGAGUCCCUUACAGCAAAGGAGCAAAGAGCAAAUAUCAUGCAGACAGAGGUUAGUGAGUGUGUGAAUGUGUGCGAAUACUUAAGUAAAAAAAAGGAAUCCAUAUUACUGCAUCAAGUAAAGGAUAAAUGCAGAUGA